AGCGUCAUGUUGUUAAACAGGUGGGCAGUCGACUAGUUUGUAGACAGGUUCAGUCACAACAGAGACAAAUAAAAACCAAAAUUCAUUUAUAUGUUACCUGGCUGGUGGGGCAGGGGAGGAGAUAUUUAUGAUUGUAAAAAAUAAUAAUUAAAUAAGGGCAUUUCCUGGGUGUCAGAGGGCAAAAGGGGCAGUUGCUACAGCACCACCUAGUGCCACUGUCUACAAUGGUAUGUAACUGAAUAGCUUAGUUUCAGUAAGCCACGUAAUCGCUGGUGACUUAAGAAAGACUUGUUUUUGUGUGUUUUACGUCUCUCAUGUUUGCUGACGUCUUUGUCGCCGCACCUGUUGCGCAUGUGCGCGCAUGACCUGCAGGUGAGGAUCAUAUUUCAGGAAUGUGUGAGUUCGACGGUGGGUGUGAUCCAGGCGGUAGUGUUAAAGGACAGGGAGCAAAUCUCACACUUGUUCACAGAGCUAAAAAAACACAACAGUGAAGCUGUCGCAGCUGCAGUUGCCAUCUUUACACAUGGACUCUUACAUCAAAACAGGGAACGUUUUCCUGCAACCACACAAAACUGGGAAAAAAUGGAAGCCGGUCUUGUUGUCUCUGUUUCCUCCCAGCAGCAGUGGCGUGGGUCGCCUGGAGAUCCAGGAUGUUGGAGGUACACUCGCUGCAUCACUGACACCUAAAGGCAUUUUAGCCCUACAGUAUAGACAUAUUAAACACUAUUAUUCAAAUGUAAAAGUGUUGAAACUGUCCGAGCUGAUCAAUGUCCUCAGGCUCCCUCCCAACGCUGAGGCCUGUCCGAUGGAAAACAUGUCUGCGUUUUGUGUUGAAGCGACAGCCAGAACUCUGGUCUUUGCCGCAGUCAAAGACGACUGUGUGGACUGGGUGGAAAAACUGUGUCAGAGCAUGUUUCAGAGGAGCGGAGUCGAAGGUGGAGGUGAUGGAGGUGGAGUCUCUAACAAGGUUCUUAUGGAAGAGAAUGAGAUCUAUGCGUCAGCAGAGGAAGCCUCAGAGUUCUGGGUUGCGGUCCAGAGGACGGAUGCAGCAGCACGCUGUGGCAUAAACGGGUCUUACUGGCUGCAUGUGGGACGAGAAACACUGCAGCUGAAAGACGUGCAGACGAAGAACGUGAUCAGAGAGUGGCCCUAUGAGCUGCUCAGACGAUAUGGAAAAGAUAAGGCGUCGCUAACCAUCGAGGCCGGCAGGCGCUGCGACUCCGGACCGGGAACCUUCACCUUCGAAACGCAGCAAGCUGAGAAAAUAUUCAGGAUGAUCCAGGAUACGAUCAGAAGGAAGACAAUCACUCCAGCAAAUCAAAAGCGUGAGGUUGAAAGAGUGAGCGUAACCAACCCGCAAGCUCAAUCUCCAAGGCCCCGAACACCCGACGUGACCAGCGUGGCAGCGCUUCUCGAGAGAGAGCUAACCACAGAUAAAACGAAGAGAGAAGACUUGGUUGCUGCGGCCCAGCCGGCUCAUAUCACCCUCAUGCCUCUGCCGUCGCUGCCCACACAGGACGCCGCCUCUGGAGGUCUACACGGUGUCCAUUCCGAGCCGGUUUAUGAUGACCCUGCAGACUGCGUCCAGCCUGUACCAAAGAUAAAUACGUCCACGGCUCUUUACGUAGACCCUGCGUGUAUUCUCCCGCUCAAACCCCCAAAACAAACAACUGCCCCUCUUUGUCAGUCCUCCGAAACCGAGCCCUGUUUUGACAUCCACAAUCCGGACUCGGGCUACUCCGAGGUAUUUGACAAAAUUAGUCCAGUCCAGAGGAAAAAAGCUGACUUUCAACGUGACCAUCAUGCAAAGUGCAUUGCAGACGAUGAAACCAUUUACGCAGAACCUGUUGUGGAAAAGGGUUGCCGAACAAAUCAACCGAAACCGGACCCCUUUGCUCACCUUUAUGCACAAGUCUGCAAAAAAUCACCAACAUCGGAUCCAUCAUCGUCUGGAGCCAGUAACUCAGCACAGUCUGUUUCCGCUCCGUCCGUUACUGCAAACACAAACCCCCAAAAGGCCAAGGAUCAAUCCUUUGAGGAUGUCAUUUACGAAAACCUGGGCAUCAUUUAGUGACAUCAGGUCACGAUGGAGAAGGUUUUGGACCAUUGAGUUUUCUUAUGAUUGAUUGUUCAACUGCAGUGUUCCAUUUUCUAAGGUAAACCAGUAGAUAGUUUAUAUGUCAAGGCUACAUGUGAAUUUAUAUAUUUUAGAAAAUACAAAAAAUGUACAAUUUACUCAAGUAUUGUCUCCUAAUGUUUGUGUCAGUAUAGACCAGGCAUGGGCAAACUAAGGCCCGGGGGCUGGGUGCGGCCCGUUCAGGUUUUUAAUAUGGCCCGCCAAACUUGCCCAAAUUAUAUAAUUAAUUUAUAUUAUCAUUAUACAUCUGCCUUUUCCCUGCAAUGUCCUCGUUUCUCCAAUAGAUGGCGUAAAGAAAGGCUAAUAGCAUUUUAGCGUUUUAGCCUAUCUGCUCCUGACCCGGACCCCUGUCCAAUUUUGUUCCGUGAGUCAAAAAGUUUGCCCACGCCUGGUGUAGACACUGCUAAGUAUUACUAGUAUUUACUGUAUAUUUUUGCCUAAGUCAAGUUAAGCUGUUUUGGAUGCAUUUCCGAUGAUGGAUACUGACAGUUUGAGAUGUCUUCUGUUUUACAUCUUUAAGUGUUACCUGAGACCAGAGGCGCCCAACCACAAAACAGCUUGUGUUCCAUUCAUUAUCAGGAUGAAAGAUGUUUAAUUUGGACAUCGACACAGACGGGGCGUCCUGCUUCAAGGCAACAUAAACUUCUUACAGCACCUCCUGAACAAUCUGUGCAUAAUUUCUAGCAUUUGAUGUUAGUGAGUUUCAGCAUGUUUGUAUUAUUUGCUUUUUUUUUUUUAGCUGUAAAUUGUUGACUGGCCUGUGUGGAUAUUUUUAAAAAUAUAUUAUAAAAUCAUUGCAAAAAAAGGUUCCGGUGACCUUUGACCUGAACUGUAUAUUUUGGAGUCACAUUCUGUUGAUUGUGUGAUUAUUUCUUAAUAUUCG